AUGUUCAGAAAAUCCUCAUAUAGACUCCCAUCCCUGGACCCCCUUACAAAGCCGCGUGUCUCCAACCGCCCCCUCACCACAAAAACAAAGAAACAAAACUCCCUCCCAGCAGCCUACUACCGCGGUGGCACCUCGCGAGCAGUCUUCUUUAAACAAACCGAUCUCCCCCCCUUAAGAUCAGACUGGGCCCCAAUCUUUCGAAAUGUCCUCGGCAGUCCAGACCCCUACGGCCGCCAACUUGACGGACUAGGAGGUGGAAUAUCCAGUCUAUCAAAGGUAUGCGUGGUAGGCGCAUCAACACAUGCAGAUGCAGAUAUCGAUUACACCUUUGUUUCUCUUGGAAUCAAGAACUCGGACGUCGACUAUUCAAGUAAUUGUGGCAAUAUGAUCAGUGCCGUUGGCCCCUUUGCUGUUGAUUCGCGCUUGUUCCCUAUACCCAGUGAGGGCGGGAGUGAGACUAAGAACAGCAAUGGCGAGAGCGAUGCCUCGGUCCGAAUCCAUAAUACGAAUACCGGCAAGAUCAUCCGGUCCUCGUUUCCUGUUGUGCAAGGCGAAGCUGCGGCCAGUGGCGACUUUGCGAUUGAUGGCGUGGCUGGGACUGCAGCGCGUGUACAGUUGGAUUUUGUGAAUCCUGCCGGCGCUGUUACGGGGACUUUGUUGCCUACGGGGAAUGUGACGGAUGAGCUGGAUGGAGUUUCAGCGACGUGUAUCGAUGUUGGGAAUCCAUGUGUUUUUGUUCGCGCGUCUGAUCUUGGUGUGGAUGGGGAUUUGACUCCCGAGGAGAUUGCUGCCCAUGAGGAUUUGCUGCCCCGGUUGGAUUCUAUUCGGAGGCAGGCGGGUGUUAAGAUGGGUAUUGCAGAUGGAAUUGAGAGUGUGCCGGGGAGUGUGCCUAAGAUUUGUAUGGUGGCUAAGCCUUCUGCUGGCGAGGCUGGUGGAGAGCUGAAGCAGACGUCGACGGAUGUUGAUUUGCUUGCGAGGGCUCUUUCGGUUGGGCAGCCGCAUAAGGCUGUUCCUAUCACUGUUGCUUUGGCGCUUGCUGCUGCUGCUCGUGUAUCUGGGAGUACGGUUGCUGAAGUUGUGGAUGGGCAGACUGUUGAUAGGGCUGGUAUCACUAUUGGACAUGCUAGUGGGAAUCUGCUGGUUGGUGCCAAUUUUGACGCCGAUGGAUCCUUGACUUCAGCUACGGUCUUUCGUACAGCACGACGUCUGUUUGAAGGGAGGAUAUUUUGGAAGAAUGAGUCUUGA